CAGGGAAAAUUCCAACGGGCAAGAGAAAAUUCSAUUGACUWGMGGAAUGAUAAGUCCUGGUGCAUGUCAGAUAUGGUACCUAAGAAUACAAUCAAGUGGCGGUUUGCAUUAAUGAAAGAAUAUAACGUUUGUAUCCACUCACUCGAUCUUAGAAGUAGUGGAUGAGUUGAAAUCACCAUGGCACUCCAAACAGGAGUAUUCCAUACGGCGGGUGCUGGGGUUCUACGAUUCUUGAUACUAKUGGUGACAAGUUUGGUAGUGGCUCUGGCAUUCUUCCUCGGAGGUGCUGCCGCUGAACACGGGAGCCCCAGGGGGUGUUCGUUGUGUCCAGAUGGAGGCGAAAUCGAGUUCCCCRAUGCACCCAUACCGUUCUWUGCGCUUCCCACCGCGGACAAUCCCACCUGCGGCGAUCUKGCGUUUCUAGCUUCCAUGGUGCCACACGACAGCAUUCGUUGCACCGAAGACUUGCAGCYCCACGCUGGAUACUGCGGRUGCCCAAAUGUAGAGCAAUCCAAUAUUUGCUCGUUCUGUCCGGAUGGCGAUGCCCCGGAUCGACCCGAUCUUACAUUACUGAUGGGAGAUACAUGCGAAAGUCUGUACAGAUACGUGUCCUUUUUCAACCAAGACCAAUGCAACUCCCUUCAAUACAGCAAAAUAAUCGGMAACGCAUACGAAUGCGGAUGCGAUAUCUCCGUGGCCAAGCUUCGUCAGGCAGAUCUCGCUCCCCUCCAGAAACAACACAAUUGCAACCUGUGUGCGGACGGUUCCAUGCCACCGGAUCCCGAUUUCUAUCUCGAACUGGGCCAGAUGACCUGCGGUGAAUACGUGGACUAUGCACACUCUCUGAAUCCCAGGCAGUGCGAGAUCCAGUCGAGGCGGGGGACCUUUGCGUUGUUUGCCUUUCAGUGCAUGUGYCCGGGUGCGGAACCACCCGCGUGCGUCAAACAGGAAAACCCGGAACUCUGUACCGUGUCUCUCCUGAAUUCGGUGGACCACGACGAAAAAUGCGAGUGCUAUUCGUUCUGCGACGGGGAGUUCGUUGGAUGCGACAAAUAUCCGGGACAUUUCCUUGGUGAUAAGUGUUCCGGAACCAAGAUAUCCGGCUGCAACUACGCAAGUGCCAUUGUUGAUGUUGCACCCGAACCCAAACCCGAACCCGAACCCAUUGACCCAGAUCCCAAUUCUUGCAGCAUCUGUCCCGACUCCUCCAACAACAUCGGCAAUCCCGAAGCCGUCCUUCCGCCGUUCUCCGGGAUCACCAUACCGGGCCUUCUGGAAGAACCGACCUGCCGGGAUCUGAUAGACCACCUCGGCAAAAAGAGCAAGGGGGACACCGAGUGCAAGGUGGCACAAUCUCGCCUCUCGCACCUGUGCGGGUGCGACGGGGCGGAACCGAGCUGCACGCUCUGCCCCGGAGGCGUCCCGCCCUCGUUUGCGAGCGCCAUGGCGACCGUGGACGAAACGUGCGAGCAGUUCGCGAGCACCGUCCUCACCUGGGARGCCGACACGUGCGAGGGGGGAGAAUCGUACCUGUCGGUGAUGGCGGCCCGCUGCGGCUGCGUCACGGCGGAGUGGCCGGUGUGCCCGGUUCUGCGGCAGCCGGUCCUGUGCACCGUCAAYCUCYUGCGCUCGACGGACGAGGUCUGCGAGUGCUACAAUUUCUGCGGGAGCGAGUUCCACAGCUGCGCCGACUACCCGGGGCGGCUGCUGGACGAGUCGGACUGCCCGGAGGGCGCCGAGGCCAUCGCGGGGUGCAACAUGGCGCUCGCCACGUCGCAGCGGUGCAGCCGGGGGUCGAUCGGGCCACCCUGCGACGGCUACUACGAGGAGGUGGCGCAGACCAAGCUGCGGCACAACCUGCGGCACAACCUGCGGCACUAGGGAGCCCGGAACACCCGCUCUCGGCCAACACAACUACGGGGGGGUGGAUGAAACCACGGACGUCGCAUCUGGUAAUUUUUUCAUGGCACCGGAGCGAGUCGAUCAUCCUUGCAUUCAUUCAUAUAAUAUCUCAUAACACCUAUCAAACACCUUUAGCGUACAUAAUUUUUAACA